AUGUUGAUCAAUGCUAACUUCAGGAGCUCCAUCGUCCGACUUGCGAGCCUCACGUGUUUCUCUGCCAAGACAAGCGACUAUUUGAAAAUUUUGGGAAGGGAUUUGGAUGCGACAUUAAGGAGAAUCCCUCUUUACAAUCACAAAUUCAGGUCCCGGGCGUCCAUGAUGGUAGAUUCAGGUUCUACGGCGGCGUCAGAAGCCAUUGCCAGCCUUUCGUCCAAUCGUAAUGUGGAGGAUGGGGGAUACAGCAGCGGAGGUUGGAAGAGGUAUCUAUUUGAGGACGUCAGAGCUUCAUGUCUUUCACUAUCUGCCGCCCAAUGGGUGCUUGGAUUCUGACAACUCCCUUGUACUCUUGUUCAUUAAAUUGUCCUGUGAUUGCCUCGUGUUAUUUAUCUAGUUAAUCCGUGGAACCAUAUAGUUGAAAAAGUAUCAAAUUCAUUUAAUACUUUACUAUCUACCGUAUCGAAUCCCCCCACGAAAAUGUCUUGCUUCUCGUGCUGGUCAGAUUAGUUGAAAUUGUAAUGAUUGAUCUUGGACUUUGCAUUCAUAUCCCCCUUCAUCUCUGGGGUGCCAUAGUACCAUGCUUCUUCUUCUGUGAGGUAGUCGUACAUCGUGCCUGUUCUGACAAAUGUAGUCUAACUUAGGCCCUAUAAAUGGCGGAGAAAUUUCUCUUUGGAUAUAGUUUUUAUUUAAAAGAAAAGAAAAAUUAGGGUAAUGCCUAUAAGUUUGAAGCCUAGCUUUCUUAUUCAUUUGAGGUUCGGAAAGAGAGAAGUAGGGGUAUUCAUCACAUGAUCUGAUCUCGUUUGAAACUAUUCUGAUAUGAAACUCUAAGAGCCCAAUCCCUUGUUUGUUUUGCGAGUCAUUCAGUCUGGCACACUCGACUAUAUCCUUUGCCUCUUUCAUUUUUAAGACUUUCCAUUCAGUUAAGAUGAUUCAUCUCAUUGUAGGCGAUACUAGUGUUGCCUGGCAUUCCUCAUCAAAAAGAACCGAACUCCGCCUGGAGAUAAUAAUACAAGCUGUCGAUGGGUUGAGAUAAGACCUGCUUUCACCACUGGCCAGGCAUACUAUUCGUUCGCGUGGACCUUUUAAAUUUUCUCAUAUUUCUGAAUGCACUUUCAAAAUUUUCUCAUACAGAAUUUAUGAAUUUAUUUGGUCAACACAUUCUUGUUCAAUGUUAAGGCUUUCAGUUGGUUCAUGUAAUUAUUUAUGAGUUUUGAACUUUUGUCUUUUAUGAAUCAUAUUAGCAUGCCAUUUCCCGUGGGAAGUGUGAGCUCCAUGCAGGCAGGUGAAGUCCCUUGAUGAAUUUGAUUCGGUCAUGCCGACAAGAUCUCAUGAUUCAAACACAUCUGAGGACUGUCGUUUUUCAUGAAAAGUCAGAUUGCCAACAAAAUAUUGUGGGAAAAAAAUAUUAUUAAAAAAGUCCUCUGAAAAAUGGGAAAGCUAGUAAAGGGAUUUGUAAGGACGAACUAAGUCUUUAUUGAAUUGCCAAGAAUUGGUCCUUAGGAAUUAUCUAACUUUAAAUGGGUAUUCUAUGUAUUCCUCCCCGUUUUUCAAUCCUGAAACACCAGCAUGAGAAAUUAUUACAGAAUAAUAGUACCGGUAGAAUAUGUUAUGGAAGGCUGACUAUUUAUUCCCUGAUCUAUUGUCAUAUUGACAGUGUAAAUGGGAAACUGAGCUGCGGAUAUUCAAGUUUUAGGGGAAAGCGGGCAAGUAUGGAGGACUUCUUUGACAUAAAAACCUCGGAGGUCGAUGGACAAACAGUUUCACUGUUUGGGAUAUAUGAUGGUUUGCUUUUUUCUGAUCACUCAAUCAGUUUUCAUUUUUUCCUAUCAUAUGGGGAUUCCAGCUUGUUGUUGAUGAUUUUGUUUUACCAGGCCAUGGUGGUUCACGUGCUGCUGAAUACCUAAAGGAGCACUUGUUUCAGAAUCUCAUAAAGCACCCACAAUUUAUGUCGAACACAAAAUUGGCGAUAAGUAUGUUUUUUCAUGUUCUAUGGUAUCAGUUCAGUCCUAUUUGAACCCAUACAUUUUCUGCUUUGCACACUGUCAGACAUUGAAGUUUUGACAUUCUCUCUUCAUAAUUAUCCUGAAAAUGCUCCAGGUGAAGCAUAUCAGAAGACUGAUUCAGACUUCUUGGAGACAGAGAGUAAUAACUUCAGAGAUGAUGGUUCCACUGCCUCAACAGCAAUUUUAGUCAGCAAUCAUCUAUAUGUAGCAAAUGUUGGUGAUUCACGUGCAGUGAUAUCAAAGUCGGGCAAAGGUAUUGUUUGUAUAUGUUGAAAGUUACCAAGUUUUAUUUCGGAGAAAAAAUGAAUGAUUUUAGCUUUACAUUUUUAAAUCGAGUCUAUCUCACUAAGAAAAGCAACAUUCUGCCCAAAGUCUUCCCACAUUGUUGAUAUCGUGCUCUGAUUUCGCCAUUUAGGAAAGAGCAUCUCCUUGCAAGUGGACUGGGUGCCAUAAAUAUGGGAAAACAGAAUCCGUUUUGAGAAAAAAUGUGGAAGCUUUUAAGCUACUUUUGUCUGAAUCCUGACGCUUCCCAUGGAAUAUCCAUUUCGUCAGAAGUAAUUUGAAGUAUAAUUAAAUCUGUUAUAUCAUCUGGAUUUUGGGGUAUAUAGUUACGCAUGCUCAUUUUGUGACCGUUUCCAAAGAAGAAAAUGCUGUGGUUCAUGGAUUUUCAGAUUGAUGCAUCAUCAUGAUUGCAGAACAAUGUCUGAGAAUUUUCAACACAGUCUGACGCAAGAUAGCUUUGAAAUUUUGAGAUGCAUAUGAAGCGUGCUUGUAGACAUGAAUUAGUUAGUUUUGUGACAAACAUCACAAAAAAAAAUAGCUGAAUUGUUCAUUCUCUGCAAAUUUAUUUUUCAUGGAAUAAAUUAUUCAAGCUAGUAGUCCUUUUUUUCUAUUUUUUCAAGAUGUGAGUUAAUUUUCAUUUAUGCACGGAUCCCUCGAUUCUGUAAAAAAGCAAGGGUAUGAAGGCUAACGAUACCGAAGUUAAAUCUGUAUCAUUUUCAUUGUGUUUAGUCAUACCUCUCUCUGAAGAUCACAAGCCAAACAGAAGUGAUGAGCGUAGGAGAAUCGAGAGUGCUGGAGGCGUUGUCACAUGGGCUGGUAUGUCUGCUUUGAUUUGUUUUGGGCUCUAUUGCCUUGUGAUGACGACUGCUUUCUGUUUUUUGGUCGGAGUUGUUUUAUCUAACAUAGAAUGACGACAUAAAAUUCCUAUUUCCAACGUUGAGAUGCUACAAUAGAAAUUAUAGAUUCCCAUCCUAAGAAUACGAUUCACCAAUUCUAUGCAUCUCUCUAUGGAUGAUUUGAUGUUUCAGGUACGUGGAGGGUUGGGGGAAUCUUGGCUAUGUCACGUGCUUUUGGCAACCGCUUGUUAAAACAAUUUGUCAUUGCUGAACCCGAGAUUCAGGUCAUCUCUCCAUGGCCUUUGUUUUGUUACAGUCAACGAUCUAUUUCCCAUUGAAUGGAUGCCUAGUAGAGAAGCAGCAUGCUGUCAGAAUUGAUUCCUACUCUGGUGUUGGAGUGGUUUUUUUUUUUUUUUUCACUUAACAUUAGUUCAGUUUCUUUCUUUAAAGUAAGUUAUGAUUAUUUGGAUAAGAUAAGUUAUGCGAAGUGGAAACAAGAUAUUUUCUUGAUCACGGUCUCUGACAGCAAUAAGGUGUGCCAGGCAACAACUUGAGCGCUUAAGCUGCUUAGACUGUCUGGGCGGCAUUGGGUCUCACCUAGGCCAUGGAGGGCACGUAGGUUUCAAAAACUUUACGAGACUAGAAUUCCACUAUCACACAUCUCUUGAUGAGUAAUGCAUCGGCCUAGAGUGUAUGAUGGAUGUAGGCCUCAUUAAUGCACUUUGUGCCACGUGUUUGGCCUGAGGCGGACGAGACCGGCAUAAAUGUAAGCGACAUCCGCCUAUGGCAUGGCACAAACGGAUCCUUAUGGGCCAGCGAUAGCAAAUGGAUGCCCUUGUUAUGCUGGAUGCAGUGGUGUGAAUAGGCGAACAGAAUGAAGUUGCCUAGCUAAUGGGCACUGGACCAUCACAUCAGUUGACUUGAGAACCAUGUUUUUUCUAUAGUACAUUCCCGUUUUAAUGUCUCCGGCAGAAUAAUUUUUUUUGUAAAGCCCCUCGGUCAGCCAUGAAUGGACUAUCGUAAAUGAUAUGCAUACCAGUGUAUAUGAAUUUAUCUCCCCUUCUCAGAUAAAUAACACAGCUGAAUGGCUAAAACUCAGGUAAUGAAAGUCUUCCGUUAGUGCUUUGUUCAUUUUUUAACCAUUCCUAUGUUCAGUAGCUUAUAACAGCAGUUCUUUUCUACAUUUUCUUGUUCUAAUCAAGGGAUGGGGGGCUCUGGAAUGCUAGAUGGUGCUAGUGAUUUGUUUUCUUCUUAUUCUUUAGUGAGGAAAUGAGUUACUAAAGUGAGUGGGUGGCUCCGAGCCUUGCUUCCCACAUGGGCUAUUCCUGGACAAUUCUCACGUCCUUUGGUAGUGGACGAGUGCAUGGAUGAGGAGGCGUCUAUGAUGAACAGCAUGCGUCGCACAUUUGCGGAUGAUACGAACAGAGAAACAUUUAGGCUUGUGUUACCCACCCCCCCCCAAAAAAAAAAAAUGAAAAAAAAUGAAAAAAAAUGAAAAAAAAAGAGGGAAAAGGAAAAAGUGCUCAGGAUUGAAGACAUAGACAUCACUCCCGUUGUUUUUUGGUUCUUUUAAUUUAGAGUAUGGACCUCUCCUUAAAGUUGCUUGGUUCCGUGAUCAAAGACUACGACCUGUAAGGUUGCAUUCAUACUAUGGAGAGAUUCAGCGGACCCCUCAUUUCCAGGGUCGUUUUUCAGGGAUCCAAGCACCACCUUCGGGAGUUUGAUCUGAUCCUUCAAUUUCCACUAAAAAGAAGGAAAAGAGUUUUUCUUGACGGCACUUCUGUCAAACCAAUCUCUUAAAACUUCUUAUCAUCACCUAUACUGACCCCACACCAUAUCUCAGGCACGGAAAUCUGGUGUGUAAGUACUCUUUGGAUCAUUUUCCCAUAUACCAAACCAUAUACCAAUAGAGAAGGAAUGAUAUGUACAUGAUGGCGAUUAUGGUUAUUUGCUUGAAAUUUCUUCCCCCCCAUGCUAUCUAUGGAUAACUUUAUGUGAUUCUUAAUGCUCUGCUCAGAAUUCGGGGCUACUUUACUGUUCCGAUAUGCCACAUUUGACUCUCCUUCACUUGGAACUCACGUUGCUUCGUUCCUGGAUAUAGAUAAAAGGAGUAAAGGUUGUUUGUGCUUCUUUCCAGGAGCAGGAUGUAGACGAUGAACUGGAGCUCUUGGUCCUGGCCAGCGAUGGCUUGUGGGAUGUCGUACGAAAUGAGGUUGGCCACCUUUAAAUUUAUUGCGCUACGAUUCCUUCCUGUGUGAUUCAACUCUAUGCCAUAGUAACCUUGUUUCUCUCUGUCUCUGUCUCUCUGUCUCUCUCUCUCUCUCUCUCGAUUUUACACGAGUUUCAUGGUGCCAGAGUCUGUAUAUAAAAGGCCCUCGGUACUUGGUGUCAUUUCAUCUCGGUCGAUCAUAAUUUUGGUUUUGUCGCACCUCGUGCACGAAUGUGAUAGAUAUUUUUUGCACUCUCUCUCUCUCUCAAGGAUGUUGUUUCGCUGGCGAGGACGGAGGAAGAACCAGAGGCCGCGGCCCGAAAGUUGACGGAGGCCGCCUUCACGCGCGGCAGCGCGGACAACAUCACGUGCAUCGUCGUGAGGUUCCGCCACUCCGGGACGACGACCUCAGAGCCAACUCCUGCCACCGAAUCAUAA